UCUGUGGGCGGGGGUUGUGUGGCAGCGGGCGGGGUUACUGGAAUCUCAAGGCUGCUUCUGUUCUGCCAACUGUUUCCCUCCCAUCCAUCAUCCCUCGGCCACAUGCUGGAGCGAGUCAACAGAGACUGUCCACGUGUAGUUCGACACACGUGAAACAUGAGGAGAGAAAUUGCCGCCGUGGUGUUCUUCCUGAAGAGGCUCGUGAAGAAGGGGGGGAAGCUGGAACCGCACCAGGUGGAGCUGUUUGUCGAGAGGUUGGCGGUUGCCCUGCAGGAGAAGUUCAAGGGCCACUGGUACCCUGAGACCCCCAGCAAAGGACAGGCGUACAGGUGCAUCAGAGUCAACAGGUUCCAUAGGCAGGAUCCAGAGCUCCUUCGGGCCUGCCGGGAGAGCGGCAUUCAGCACAGUGACCUGGGACUGCCGCGUGAACUCACAUUGUGGGCGGACCCUGGGGAGGUCUGUUGCAGGUAUGGAGAACAAAAUCCUUGCUUCUCAGUGGCCACUUUCCCCAGUGAAGAGGAAGAUGGCAAAGAUGUCGCAAAGAAGGUGACCAGCGCCUUGGAGAGGGUGACAUCAGACUACCACUCAGGCUCUUCCUCCGACGAGGAGGGCACACGCACGUCCCCUCUUACCAUUGACCACAGCCGCGGUGCUUACCAGGCGAUGAACCCGACUGCUCCUUCUUGGCAUCCCAAAAAAAUGGUUCCUGGAAGCAGUCCCAACCAUCCUCACCAGGUUUUCAGGCCUCGCAACAGAGCCCCCCACUCUUUGAGGCAUAACCUGUGGUUCCCUCCUGGCUACAGAGGAGGGCCUGGAUACUGGGACACAAACAUGCUACACGGUUACAGUUAGGAAUCAUGGUGCAUAUUGUUCACACUGGACGUUAAAGCUGAAGACAACUUUAAGAUAACUGACCAAUUUUUAAAAAAAACAUGAAUUUUUUAUAGAGUAGAUAAUGAACGUUUGGCUCUUUUUUGCACUUUAGACCAUUUGUUAAAGUUUGUAUGAAUCACUUGUAUUAAAUUGGAUAUUGAAAUUGGAAUACUACACAUAUAAUCUUGAAGUACUGUAUUUUUACAAUGGGAGAUGUUAAUGUAUGCCACUUACUGCGGUCCUUUGUGAUAUGUUUUAUUUAUUCAUAGUGUACAAUCUUUAGAAGUAUCGACUUAAAGUUUUAUUAAACACAAUUUCCAAGCAUGA